GGAGCCGCUGGCGGCGGCCAUGCUGCAGAGCUUAGGCCUGGUGGGCACCAUCGCAGAGGGGGACGUGGGGCCUCAGGACCCCGAGUCUGGCGACUCCGAGGAUGAGGAGGAUCUGCUCCGGGCGCCGAGUGCCAGGCGGCGCGGGCCCACAGGCGGGGACUUCAGCGCCGCUUUCGUCUUUGGUGAGACGGAGGCCGGUGGGGAAGGCGCCUGGGCGGAGACACUGCGCCACCUCCGCAGCAAGAGAGCAGCUACGACACUGGAUGAGAAGAUUGAGAAAGUGAGACAGAGAAGGAAGUUCCAGGAAAGAGAGGCUGAACAAGCAAAAGUGAGCGAUGAAGAUGGGGAGACCGAGGAUAAUCAAAUAAAAAAGAGGGAGUGUGAAGAUUUCAGUAGGGAUGAAGAAGAUGUGGAGUCUCAAUGUUUAUUGGACGAUGAAGCUAUCUUCACAAAAGCAGAUACAGUCAAAGUGAAGGAACGGAGGAGAUCAAAAAAGGGAGAAAUAGAAGCAGGGAGCUUUUUUGAAGAUGCGUCUCAAUAUGAUGAUAACUUGUCAUUCCAGGACAUGAAUCUUUCACGACCUUUGCUGAAGGCAAUCACAGUUCUUGGCUUCAAGCAACCAACUCCAAUUCAGAAGGCUUGUAUCCCAGUGGCUCUUCUGGGGAAGGAUAUUUGUGCCUGUGCUGCCACUGGGACAGGUAAAACAGCUGCCUUCAUCUUGCCUGUCCUGGAACGCCUGAUUUAUAAGCCUCGCCAGGCUCCAGUAACAAGGGUUUUGGUUCUUGUGCCAACACGAGAACUGGGCAUUCAGGUGCACUCUGUCACAAAACAGCUGGCACAGUUCAGCAGCGUCACAACCUGCCUUGCUGUAGGUGGCCUAGAUGUGAAGACUCAGGAAGCAGCUCUGCGCUCUGGGCCAGACAUUCUUAUCGCCACUCCUGGGCGACUGAUUGAUCAUCUCCACAACUGCCCUUCUUUUCAUCUGAGCAGUGUUGAGGUGCUGAUUUUGGAUGAAGCAGACAGGAUGCUGGAUGAAUACUUUGAGGAACAGAUGAAAGAGAUAAUCAGGUUGUGCUCCAACCAUCGUCAGACAAUGCUUUUCUCUGCCACAAUGACAGAGGAGGUGAACGAUUUGGCUUCUGUUUCCCUGAAAAAUCCCAUUCGAAUUUUUGUGAACAGCAACACAGAUGUCGCCCCUUUCCUGCGGCAGGAAUUUAUCAGGAUCAGACCCAACCGAGAGGGGGAUCGUGAGGCCAUUGUAUCAGCUCUUCUGACUCGAACCUUCCCAGAUCAUGUGAUGCUUUUCACCCAGACCAAGAAGCAAGCUCACCGUAUGCACAUCCUACUGGGGCUGAUGGGUCUGCGGGUUGGUGAGCUUCAUGGGAACCUCUCUCAGGCACAGCGUCUGGAAGCACUCAGGCGCUUUAAGGAUGAGCAGAUUGAUAUUUUGGUAGCUACAGAUGUGGCUGCACGUGGACUUGAUAUCGAAGGUGUUAAAACAGUAAUCAAUUUUACCAUGCCAAACACCAUUAAGCACUACGUUCAUCGAGUGGGUCGGACAGCAAGAGCAGGCAGGGCUGGUCGUUCAGUUUCACUUGUGGGUGAGGAAGAGCGCAAGAUGCUGAAGGAUAUUGUGAAGACUGCCAAAACAGCAGUGAAAGCCAGAAUUCUCCCUCAAGAUGUCAUACUAAAAUUUCGAGAGAAGAUUGAGAAUCUAGAGAAAGAUGUUUAUGCAGUUCUGUGCUUGGAGCGUGAGGAACGUGAGAUGCAGCAGUCAGAGGCCCAGAUCAAUAAGGCAAAGAAGCAGCUGGAGACAGGAAAGCAAGAGACUGUGGGUGAGGGUUUGGAGCGGAGUUGGUUUCAGACCCGUGAGGAGAGGAAGAAAGAGAAAUUGGCUAAAGCCCUGCAGGAGUUUGACUUAGCAUUACGAGGCAAAAAGAAAAGGAAGAAAUUUAUGCAAGACAGACAGAAAAAAGUCCAAAUGACACCAGAGGAGAGGUCACAGUUUGAAAUCUUGAAAUCUCAAAUGUAUGCUGAGCGGCUGGCAAAAAGGAAUCGCCGAGCAAAGCGAGCCAGAGCCUUGCCAGAAGAGGAGCCAGCAGCAGUACCAGCAGGCCCCAAAAGGAAGAAAAAAGUGUCUGUGUUUGAUGAAGAGCUCACCAACACGAGCAGGAGAGCACUGCAGCAGUACCGAGCUGGCCCGUCAUAUGAAGAUCGAAAACGCUUCGGUAUGGCCCAGCAUAGGAAAGGAGGAAACUUCAAAUCCAGGUCCAGGUACAAAAGAAAGUAAGAACUGUUGGCCAUUACCAAAUGGGUAAAUCAGACAUGCUAUUUUCAUACUGCAAGGAGACAACUCCAGUAAAAUUGAUUAUUUUUUAUUAA